AUACCGCUCAUCCUGCUCUGGCGACAAUUGAGAAGCUUGUCAAAUUCAAUCCUUUUACCUGGUGCCAUUUUUAGAAAGUCGGGAUGUCAUAAUAAGUUAUCUCUUUGACGAUGGAAAGGUACUUGGGUCAGAGAUUCAUUAUCUUCGCGCGGUUCGCUUAAGGGUGUUUUGCCGCGCUCGCGAAAAUAAUCCCGAGGACUAGGCAAAAGGAAUCGUGUUCCACAAAAAAACAUCGCUACGCAACCUUCUCCGUCCAAAGUAUAUUUUUGAGGAAAAGUUGUUUAGGUAAAAGUUACAUUCUGCUGAUGGCAAGGUAUAUACGCCCCGGCAGAGUCCACCCUGCCAGCAGAGCUUGGACUGUUGAAGAGACAAAAAUUCCACAUCGACCUAACUCGGCGAUCUCCCAUCGAAGAGAAUCCUUCCCAAGAAAUUUGAUCGUAAAUCCAGCCUACAAACAACCACAUUACGAUCCGUUAGAUUCAGAAGAGGACAUGGUGCCGACUGUGAUGGAAGCACCACAAAAUAACACCGUUCCUCGCCGGGUAACUAAACGAGAGAACAUAAACUUGGUACGGCAAACCGAAUGGGACGUAAAAGGCACGAAGACAGAGAGUCUUGUCCAAAGAAACACGCUUAGUAAACCAGUCAGUGUCCUGUUAGGAUUAGUGUGUUUCACAUCAUGUUUGUCUCUCAUUUUGACCCUUCUCAUCCUCUCUGGCUCGAUUGAGGCAGGAAGAUGUUCUUGCGGCGACAAUGAAGGGCCUGGCAGAACAAGCACUUUGGAGGCAAAUGAUGAACAGUCGGAGAAGUUAUCUACAAAUAUAUCUUCGCUGAACGAACAAAUGGUGAUGCCUUUAUACAUUGAUAUUUUCAUUAAAGAUGGUAAUAGUUGGGUUCUAUACUAA